UUGUAUUGAUACUUGAUUUUUUGUUACAACUGAUAGAGAAGCCUUUAAAUAGGCAAUACACAUGAUUAAGCAAUUACUAUGCAAGAUAAACAUGCACAGCCUGCUUGAGUGAAAGUAACAAGUCCAGCUGCUUCUCCAAAGCAACACAUGUGACUUCAUCUUGUCUAAUUCAAACCAGAUCAUUUCUUUUGAAUUCAAACUGGUUACCUUGACUUCUUAGAGGUUCUCAACGUCCAUAUUAGUCUCCACAACUCAUUCAUUGCCUCGGUUUUCCUGUCCAUGAUCUUCUGUCCAUGAUUUCCUGUUCAUGAUCUCUUGUCCAUGAUCUCAUGUCCAUGAUCAAUCAGGUUCUUCAUAUCUUUACUCUUGCUUUUUAUUACUUCAUGUCAACACUAAUACAGCUACUCUUGUCCCAACAUGCUAUAGACAAUUUCGUAAAAAUUUGAUAAUAUUUUUAUAAUUUAUAAAUCUAUAUUUACGUCUAUUAGUUGUUAAAAUUUUGAGAAUUUAAAACUACUGUUUUAUUUGAUUGCGUCCAAUAUUAACCUUGAACAUGAGUUAGUGUCAUGAAACUAUUGACUCCGAAUGAAUAACAAUUGUUUAGUAAGAAUAUCUCUAACCUCACUCUAAAAUAGAGGUUAAAGUAAAAAUACUUCAACCUAAUUCUAUUUUCUACUCUAUCGUAUAAUAAAGGAUGGAUUACUAUCCAUUUUUUUUAUCAUUCUAUUUUCAUUUUAAAAUAAAGUACUAUUAGAUUAGAAUCUAACUAUAUUAUAUAAUUACUCUAUUAUAGAGUUACUCUAUAAUAGUACUAUUAUAUUUUAGAAAAAAAAUAUAAUGAACCAUUGAAGAUGAUUUAAGAAAAAUAAUAUUUUGGAGACAAAAUGAAGGGAAUAUUAGACCUCCAAGAAAAACAGAUUACAAGGUUUACUAAAAUGCACUGUUAUAACAGAAAUAUUUCAUCAUUAAUAUUUUAUUCUUAAAAACUAAACUGGUUUAUUCUUAUAAAACUAAAAUGUUCACAAUCUAGUUUUCUUAAUAUUAUAUAGGUACUAGGUAUGCGUUUUUAAUCCACAUAGUUUCCUCGUUUCUAAUUUCUUAGAAUUGAUAAUUGUGGUGAUUAUUUUAACUUUUCAUAAUAUAUUUCUCACAUUUUCAAGGUUCUAUUUCUGAUGAAAGUCAAUAUAUUUUUGUUCACACAGUAUAAUUGGUACAAAGUCAAGAAAAUUAUGAAUAAUUUCUUUUCUCUAACCAACUUUUGUUUUUUUGCAACAAUAUAUACACAUUCUCAGCUGUUUUCAAAGAAGAAUUGUUAUGUUUUGUCUGAACCAAUACAACAAAAUCCCAAUUAUUCUGUAUAAACGACACAUAUUUGGGAUUUCAGACUACAACAAAUAAAGACCACCUUUUCAAAUGUCAUAAUAAAGGCCGAUCUGACUAUGACUAGACUUUUAGUAAGCUUUUCAAACAUGUUGUUACAAUAUUGAAUUCAUUACUAAACUUUGUAUCCAGGGACGUAGAGAAAUACGUGUAGACGCAUAUAAUGGCACACAUUGGUUGAACAAUGCAAAUUACUUCCCUAAACAUGACUAAACUUCUUUACUUUUCUUAACGUAUAUUUUUUUCUAAUCUCCACUACAUAAUAUUAAUUUCAGGUAGUAUGCUUAUUUACUUUUAUUUAUUUCAAGGAUUUUUAUGAAUACUUCUCAUAAGUUCAUAACUCAUAAGUAAAGUAUGUUUAGCUUCGCGACAAGUUCUUUAAUCCAAGUCUAUUUAUUAUUUCUUGAACAAAAGAAUAAACUAGUAUAGCUAAUCAAAUAAGCUUACGUUAUAACUAUUUUAAUCAACCAACAACGUCCGUAGCCGGUAGCUCUACUUUGUCUUACGUUGAGUUUAGUAAAUGAUAAUGACCCUAGUCUACGCGUAAGUGCAUUAUAUUAUUAAAAUUAAAAUUAAUUGAUAUGGUUGGACGAACAUCACCUUAUACUAUUAUUGAUAUUAUAUAUCACAUGCGUUUCGUAAGAGAGUUGACAUUGCUAUUCAGCGUCUCCAAAGAACAACGCCACCUGGUUUCAUAUUUAUUGUCUGCGAUUAAAUUAACUUAACACUAACAAAUCAAUAUAUUUGGUAAUUAGUUACCUUUUUAAGUUUUAAAUGUAGUAAAUUUCAAGGUUCGCUUCAAAUCAUCUACCUGAAUAUAGCUCAAGAAAACUGAAAGGGAUAAAACAAAUAAAGUAUUAAAUUAAGGUGAGAAUUGCGUGGGAAUUCUCCUUUCUCAAACGUAGGCAAUUACGACAAAAACAGACACCAACAAGAAAAGGAUAAGUAAAUAUAGAAGUAUCAUAGAGUAUAUAUUAAAAUUAAAAGAUAAAAAUACACUAAAUACUCAUGCAAUAAAGCCACAUGCAUGUAGCGUAAGGAAAGGAAGACAAAAUUAAAUUUUUGGAAAUUAUACACCAGAAACUUGUUGUUAUAAAUUCGUUGCCAGUUGCACAUACAGCGAGUUAUUACAUAUAUCUUCUCUCUACAAACAAGUUUUAUCACAUUUUUAUUAUACAGUAUAUCUAUUCAGGCAUAUAUAUAGAGAGAUAUACAGCUGCUUCCAACAUAUAUAGUCAACUGAUGAAAUUUUAAGCAUCAUCAUUAUACUCUUGUCUCCUUUCUUUCUCUCUUCCUCUCCUCUUCAUCAUAGAUCAAGAACACAAGAUGAUUGAGAUAAUUUCAGUAAAGAAUGUGUUAUUGAUCGGGUUUUUGGUCUUGAUACUGAAUUGGGUAUGGAGAGCUGUGAACUGGGUUUGGUUAAGGCCAAAGAGGUUGGAGAAAUAUCUGAAGAAACAAGGAUUUUCUGGGAAUUCUUACAGAAUUUUGAUGGGAGACAUGAGAGAGAGUAAUCAGAUGGAUCAAGUUGCUCACUCUCUUCCUCUUCCUCUCACAGCUGAUUUUGUCCCUCGCAUGAUGCCUUUUAUCCAUCACACUGUUAUAAAUCAUGGGAAGAAGUGUUUCACAUGGUACGGACCGUACCCGAACGUGAUAGUAAUGGAUCCAGAGACACUACGAGAGAUAAUGUCAAGACACGAACUCUUUCCAAAACCAAAGAUUGGAUCACAUAGUCAUGUUUUCCUCAGUGGUCUUCUCAAUCACGAAGGUCCUGAAUGGUCCAAACAUCGAAGCAUUCUUAAUCCUGCUUUUCGUAUCGACAAUUUAAAGAGUAUCCUUCCAGCAUUCAACUCGAGUUGCAAAGAGAUGCUAGAAGAAUGGGAUAAACUAGCUUCAGCAAAAGGAACAGUAGAACUUGAUUCAUGGACUUACUGUCAUGACUUAACAAGAAACAUGCUUGCUCGUGCUUCUUUUGGUGAUUCCUACAAAGAUGGCAUCAAGAUCUUCGAAAUCCAACAAGAACAGAUCGAUCUUGGUCUCCAAGCUAUUCGUUCUGUCUACAUUCCUGGAUCAAAAUAUUUGCCAACAAAGUUCAACAAGAGGUUGAGAGAAACUGAAAGGGACAUGAGGGCUAUGUUUAAAGAUAUGAUUGAAACAAAAGAGAAGGAGAUAAAAAGAGGAAGAGCUACUGACAAAAACAGCGACUUGUUGUGCUCCAUGUUAGACUCAAAUACAAAGCAAGUAAAAGAACAAGGACCAGAUUCAGGGCUUAGUCUCGAUGAUCUGAUAGAUGACUGCAAGGCUUUCUAUCUAGCUGGUCAAAACGUGACUUCUUCAUUGUUUCUUUGGACUCUUGUUGCUCUAAGCCAACACCAAGACUGGCAAAACAAAGCAAGAGACGAGAUCUCUAAGGCAUUUGGUAACAAUGAGCCAGAUUUUGAAGGGUUAAGCCACUUGAAAGUUGUAUCAAUGAUCCUGCAUGAAGUGCUUAGACUCUAUUCACCAGCUUACUUCACAUGCCGGAUAACUAAACAAGAAGUGAAGCUAGAGAGAUUCUCUUUACCCGAAGGAGUUGUGAUCACAAUACCAAUGCUAUUGGUGCACCAUGAUCCUGAUCUUUGGGGAGACGAUGUGAAACAGUUUAAGCCCGAAAGAUUCAUCAAUGGAGUUGCAAGUGCAACCAAAGGAAGACUCUCUUUUUUGCCGUUUAGCUCUGGACCUCGGACUUGUAUUGGUCAGAACUUCUCCAUGUUGCAAGCUAAGCUCUUUGUAGCAACGGUUCUUCAAAGGUUUAGUGUAGAGCUAUCUCCAUCGUAUACUCAUGCUCCUUUCCCAGCUGCAACAACAUUCCCACAACAUGGAGCUCAUCUGAUCAUUCGAAAAGUUUAAAGCAAAGGUACUUUGUAUAUAAGAAACAGAUUCGAAUCUAUAAAUUUCAAUAGAUUUCUUGAUUUUUAUUAUUCCUUUAUGACAUAUAGUGAAAAACAUUAAUAAUGUGUUACAGUUUCCUUUGUAUAGUGCUGCUAAAAUCUUGAUUCUGACUUCUGUUUACAUAGUGAUAUCUUGCAUGUUUACAUGUUUUUAGCCUUCAUAUCUUGUACAUUUUGAUCAUAUAGAUUAGGAAUUAAGCAUCUUUAGAGUCUAUGUUGCAUGCAUUGCCCUUAUUAGAUGUUGGAGAGUGCUAUGGAGUGAUUGGAGAUGUUUGGGAGCAUUGUGAUUCAAAAAAGAAGUAGAAAAGGAUCAUUGGGCGAGUAGAGGAGCUGGAGCGACCUACUGGAGCGAGGUCAUGCACCCGCUCUGGAUGAGUGAAGUGUAGAGCGACCCACGGGAGCGAGGUAUGACACUCGCUCUGUACUAGAGCGACCUCUUGCACCGGGGUAGUGCACCCGCUCCGAGCUCAACAUGUCGUCGACAACUUUCCAGAUGUGGAGCGACCUGGUGCAGCGAGGUCAUGACCCCGCGCGCAAUUUGAAGAAGUGGAGGUGAUCUUUGGAGCGACCUACGGGAGCGAGGUCAUGCACCCGCUCCGAGCAUUCUUUAUCUUAGUCGAAUUUUAAUGUUUUAAAAGGGCUUUUUAGACUUUUUAAUGGAAACCAUUAGGUUUUCCAAAGACAUAUAAAUACUCUUGUAAUCCUAAAGUUAGGAUCUUAUCUUAUUUUCUAUCUAAUCACAAAGAACUUUGAGUGUGA